UGCCUCUCUGUCUCACCCAAUUUGGAAUUUCCCAUUCUGUUAUUUUUUUUCUUAAGUUACCUAACACUUAUCCAAUUCGGAAGAUAUUUGAGACACAACAAGAAACUUAUGAGAACACUGAGAAGAUCUCUCUUGUUAGCUCUUUCAUGGCAUGUCUAUUCUUAGGGGCCUAUGCUUGUUUUGAUACAAUUGAUGGUGCAGGGAUGAACUUGAUGGAUAUAAAGAAAAGAGCUUGGUCUAAAGUUGCAGUGGAGGCUACAGCUCCAGGUUUGGAGGAAAAGCUUGGAAAGCUAGCUCCUGCACAUGUUGUUGCUGGUUCUAUUGCAUCCUAUUUUGCUAGUUCUAUUAAUGUCUUUUCAGGUAUAAGUUCAAUAAGAAUUGCUUGGUGGUUCAGUGGUCUGGAGACAAUCCUAACAGUUUAGCAGUUCCAUGACUCUCUUCAUAUUAUUAAUUGAAUUCUCUCUGUGACUUAAAAUUGCUCUAGUUUUCUAAUCAACCCCUAAUGCAUGUUUAUAGCAGUCUCCUCUCAAUAUGUACUUAAAGUCUAUAGUUAAAUUUAGUAUUAUUCUCUCCCUCAAAUAUUCAAUCUAUCACAUAGAAGUGAAUAGAGCGUAAUAUGUAUCGGCAACCAAAUUGAUACACACUCCUGGGGAUUUAGCAAUCAAUAAAGCAAUCAGUAUUUAAUCUAUUAAAUAUUCAAA